AUGGAAGCUUGGAUUCCUAAUCCUGUGGAUAUUGAGAACUUUCUUAACCCUAUGGAUGAAGUUGUGGAAGAUGAUCUCGAUGCUAUUGAUGAUAUUGUACUUAGUGAAUUUCUUCCAGAGGUUGACGAAGAUGAGAUCAUGGAAGAACAGGCCCAGGUUCUCCAUCAUGAAGCUAUUCAGGCUUUAAAGACCCUUUGUAUAUAUGAGGAGCAGCAGGAGCAGGGAGAAACCCAGUUGAUUAGCGCGCUUCAUAGGCAUGAAAGGUUACUGGAAGCGAGGGAAUUGGAAGCAAGGGAAUUGGAAGCGAGGGAAUUGGAAGGGAGGAAGCAGAGAGAUAUUAGGGCUUUUUUUGGAGCAUAA